GCGCCCAUCCCACAUUAAAAAGUAACUUUUUACGUAGCGGGGCCGAGCAGCCGGCGGAGCCGGGGGGCGGCAGCCACAUGGUACGUUCCUGCCUCUGCCGCCCCCGCCGGCGCUGCCCUCCCCUCUCCCCCCGCCGCGGGCUGCGGAAUGGGACGCGCUCGCUCCCCGGCCAGCCGGCAGCUGUCAGAGCGCGGAGGCCGCCAGCAGCCGGUGCGAGGCGUGAGCCCACUCUCCCGUUUAGGAUGACUCACUGGAAUCUGGCACUCAUCUCUCUUUUUCUGGUAGUGGACGGAGAACAACCCAAAAGCUACACUGGGCUAGACCAAGGGGAAGGAGGCAAGACACAUGACAAAAAUCAUAGAGUGAAAUAGCUGGAAGUCCACCCACUGGGAAAGGCUGGAUGGCAGAACCACUGUGCAAUUCUGCUGUAAAGAAAUGCAAAGAAACUAUGCCCCAGACGCCAAUAUUUUCCAGCAUGCUUGGUUCCAGUUGUAGUGGACAAGUGCAGCCAGAUAUGGGAGAGAGGUGUGUGGACCCUGUUUAUCAGGAUGGCAACCUUGUUUCUGGAUCACUGGAGGCCUUGAUAGAGCGCCUGGUGCCCACCAUGGACUAUUAUCCAGAUCGGACUUACAUCUUCACUUUCCUAUUGAGCUCACGAGUCUUCAUUCACCCACACGAGCUCCUGGCUAAAGUGGGGCAGAUCUGCAUUAAACAGAAGCAGCAGCUAGAAACGGGGACUGAGGCAGAAAAGGCAAAGCUAAAAUCUUUCGCUGCCAAAAUCAUUCAGCUCCUGAAGGAAUGGACUGAAACUUUCCCCUAUGAUUUCCAAGAUGAAAAAUCCAUGAAAGAGUUGAAGGAGAUUGCUCACAGGAUCACACAAUGUGAUGAGGAAAAUGGAACAGUGAAAAAGAUCAUUAGCCAGAUGACACAGAAUCUCCUGAUGGCCCUCUCUGCACGGAGCCAGUACCAGGAAAUCAGAGAGAAAUUCCGGCAACCUGUUACCGACAAAGGCACCAUCCUCAAAACCAAGCCACAGUCAACUCAAAAGGACAUCCUGAGUGUGUGCUGUGACCCUCUGAUCUUGGCACAGCAGCUGACCUAUAUUGAACUGGAAAGGGUGAGCAACAUUUACCCAGAGGAUCUGAUGCACAUUGUCAGCCACAUGGACUCCCUGGAUAAUCACAAGUGCAGAGGCGAUGUGACCAAAACCUACAAUUUGGAGGCCUAUGACAAUUGGUUCAAUUGUCUCAGCAUGCUGGUAGCUACAGAGAUUUGUCGGGUUGUAAAGAAAAAGCAGCGCACAAGAAUGGUGGAAUUUUUCAUUGAUGUGGCAAGAGAAUGCUUCAAUAUUGGAAACUUCAACUCAAUGAUGGCUAUUAUCUCUGGCAUGAACUUAAGUCCUGUGGCACGGCUAAAGAAAACUUGGUCUAAGGUCAAAACAGCCAAAUUUGAUGUUUUAGAGCAUCACAUGGAUCCAUCCAGCAACUUCUGUAAUUACCGCACAGCCCUGCAAGGAGCAGCACAGCGAUCUCAGACUGCCAACAGCAAUCGAGAGAAGAUAGUCAUCCCAGUUUUCAACCUGUUUAUUAAAGAUAUCUACUUCCUGCACAAAAUACAUACAAACCGCUUGCCCAAUGGACAGAUAAACUUUAAGAAAUUCUGGGAAAUUUCAAGACAAAUCCAUGAUUUCCUGACAUGGAAGCAGGUUGAAUGUCCUUUUGAAAAAGACAAGAAGAUCCAGAGCUAUCUACUCACAGCACCCAUUUAUAGUGAAGAAGCUCUGUUCAUUGCAUCUUUUGAGAGUGAAGGUCCGGAAAACCACAUGGAAAAAGACAGCUGGAAAACACUCAGGACAACUCUGCUUAAUAGAGCCUGAGAUUUUUGGAUCUGAUCUGCAGACUUUGAAGCACAUGGAACGAAGGUGGUUUUACAACCUGAAAGAUUUGGACUGAGCUAAGAAAGGCCUCACUGGCUGAGGUCUGUUUUGUAUAUACAGUAACUUUUAUGAAAUAAAAUGUGGUAAAUAUUUCACAUGUCAACCUUAAGGCACUUAAGUGGAGGGUUUUGGGUUUUUAUUUUAAAUAUAAGGGCAGGGCCCUGUUCUCAGAGAUGAAAUGUAUCAUGGGAGAUGGUAUCCCUGGGGAGAUCUUAUUCUAUCAACAUCCAAAUUUUUAUUUUUUACUACUUCCACCAAAGUAAAUAAAAAUUAAAACACACAUCCUAACUAAAGCUGGUGUUCAGGUUAAAUACUCCAUUGGACCAGUAUCCUACAGAACACUCAACAUGUCUCCAGCUUUGAAGUGAAGGGUCUCCUUCAAAUCAGCGAUACCAUUCGCACGAGCUAGUAAGUGUUUGUAGAGUCAAGGCCUUAGACAUCUGCAGUAAGCAUGUUCCUCUCCUACAUCAGAAAAUAGUGCCUUACAAGGUACUGAUACUGUUUAGUGUACCUUCUAUUAUGCUGGACUGGAAGUAAAGAAAAUAAAAAUAUGGAUGUCUCAAAACCAGCUACAAUGUACUUUUUAAAUAAAAUGGAGAAUAUGGCACAUGAAGUAGAGUAUACCUGCCUGUAACACUGAUGGUGCAGCAAACAUAUUUUUGUUACAUGAUUUAAAGAGAUAAGAUGGGGUAACUGCUGGGGGAUGUACGUUUGUGUGUGAGUAUGUGUGCGUGCAUGUGUGAAGAUGCACACAUGUCUAAGUUUAAAUACUUUUGGGAACUAUCCUUUAAAUUCUGGCUGUCAGAAUAGUUUGUGUUUUCCUUUUUAAAAAUCAGGGAUUUUUUGGGGGGGAAGGAUGUCUAACCUAGAUUAUCUCUUCAAAACAGGCUCAAUAUGUUUUUUUGAAAACAGAUUUUAGAAAAUAAAACCCGUGCAUGAGCUAGGGAGAGGGAAGUAAACUCAGAUGUCCAAUUUGAAGUUAAGGCUAAAGUUUCCAAAGAAGCUUAAGAAGAAUUCAUUCACCACUGAACUGGUAAUUUCAUUCCCUUAGUUCCUCUGAAAAUGCUGGUCUGCACUUACAGACAAUUAAAGCAAAGACCAAUUUAUGGUAUAAGUUUUUUGAGUAUUUUGCAAGCCGUGAUUAAACGUCUAGGCUAGAACCCACUGAAAUUAAGGGAAGACACCGUAAGAAAUUGGUCAAACCUUUGAACGAAGGUCAGGACCAAAAGUAGAGGUGAUCUGUUAACCCACUGAUGCUUACCAUUUCUAAUUUCUCCUUUUAGAGUUGAGUUUAUACUAAUUUGGCUAUCCAAAUGAGCAUGCAAGGAGCCUAUGUUAAGAUUCAAGGUAUUCGUUUCCAGGAAAAAAUAUCUAGUUCAGGAUUUACUUGCUCACCUCAUUUCUGAAUUGAGAGAAAAAAUUAGGCCCAUAUUAAAAACUAUUUUGUCUAAUGAACAAAUUGUUACCUAUGAAUAUCUACCAUCCUUUCUGGUAAUUGUUCUUUUAAGGCUCAAGGUCUGUAAAAAUAAUGACUUGAGCCGGAUAAUUAGACACCUUUUUUUUUUUUCUUUUUUUUUUUUACACUGCCCUCUGGAGUUUACAGUGGUUACAGCGUCCCUCAUAGAGGACCCUUGCACAAGCUUCUUAAAAAAUUAUCAACUUGAAGUAGAUAGGUUUUUAUCUUAUUCUGCCUUCUGUUGAAUAAGGGGCAAGAUUUGCUGCACCGAGGGUCUGGUUUAUUCCAGUCCAGUAGACUCUUCUUGCUGAGUGCCUACAACCAGAAGCCGUGCCACUGUUUCAUGAGGCUUCUGCAAUCUUUUUGUAGAAAUUAUUUGGUGUAUUGGCCCUGUAGUACGAUGAAAAAUCAAAGAGCCUUCCCUCUUUCCCUGUUCCACUCCCCCUUUGACAAAUAUUUAAAAUUAGAACAGUAAGUUGGGAUAAGAAAGGGAGAUAAAUCAACAUUUUGCUACUCCCAUAGCAUUUACAUCAAAGAGGGGGUGGAAAAAAAGGCAAGUUAUGCCAUGAAGAAGGAAGUAGUAUACUGUUAACAAGAACAGCCCAGAAAAGGGGAAGGGAUAAUUCUUAUUAUCUGCUGCUAUUUUUCCUGUGCUGAAGUACUGACCUUCAGCCAUGGAUUAGAGUAAGACUAUUUAUACUGUAUUAUUACAGUGUUUUGCACUUUCAGAGAUGUUCUAGCUAGUAACGUUGUCAGACACUAUAAGAGGGAUUGUCUAUCAGCUUUGUUUAUGUAAUUGAAAUUUAAAAGGGAUGCUUAAAAUUUAAGAAAAAAAAAAUAUAUAUUUGAAAUGCAAUUUUAGAACACUUUCUGUAAAUGUAUAAAAAAGCUUUCACAUGAAUGUGCACUUCACUGGUCAAUCAGUCCUAGUAUAUACUUGAAAUCAAUGCAGUAUCCACAUUGGUUCCUUUUCAUUUUUCCUCCCUCAGUUUGAUACAUUCCUUAAAUACCGUGUUUUGCUAUUCUGAGCUGAAAUGCUAAAUAUAAAGCUGUACCAUAAAGCAGGAUAUUCCGUGUUUGACUGGAUGUGCUUGCAUUAAUAAUAAAAAAAAAAAAAAAAAAAAAAAAAACC